AUGGCGAACAACCCCAAGGUCUACUUUGACAUGACCGUUGGAAACACCCUGGCAGGCCAGAUUGUGAUGAAGCUGUUUGCGUGCACGAUGCCACGGACAGCGGAGAAUUUUCGGGCGCUGUGCAAGGGCGACAAGGGGGUGGGAAGGUCAUGCGGGAAGCCGCUCCACUUUAAGGGGUUGAAAUUCCCCCGCGUAAUCCCAUGGUUUAUGUGCCAUGUUAUGAAGCGGCGAUUUUACCGCCGGGGGUGGGGGUGGUCGAUCUACAAGGCGAAGUUCGCCGACGAGAACUUCAUCAAGAAGCACACGAGGUCGGGGAUCCUGUCGAUGGCGAACGCGGGGUCGGGGACGAACGGGUCGCAGUUCUUCAUAUGCACGGACAAGACGAAGUGGCUGGACGGAAGCACGUGGUGGAAGGGAUUGAUGUGGUCAAGGCUAAUGGUGGGCAAUAGGCGGGUAGGGUGUUUUUGGUCUCAAAUUGACCCACCCGCUUAUAAGCGAGUUGGAAUAAUUGUGACCCGCAAUCCACCCACAUACCUCUGCGGGUUGGGUUGGGUGGGUGGCGAAUGGUUGCGGUUGGGUCGUGGGUCAACCCGCAAAAGCAAUUCUCUAACUAGCCAUUAA